AUGGCUUCUUUGAGAGGAGCGCGUUACGCUCUGGCUUCAAAAUGGCACCAGCCCGUUGCCGGCUUCUCAGCAAACCCCUUGCACGCCUCUCUUCGACCGCAGCUGCGCAACACCGCACGUUGUCUUGCUCAACCCAGGCUGGGUGCUAGAAACUUCUCGAUUGCGGCCAUUGCAGACGCAGGUGUUGAACAAGCUCUCGCGUUCCUGAUCAAUGGCCAGGUCGCGGGCGGUGGUUGGGUAGUACCCAUUCUCACACUGUCCUUGGUUACAUCAAUGAUGCGACUGCCACUCCAAAAGUACUCGGAAACAAUUCUCAUCCGCCAAGCCUCAGUGAGCCAUUACAUCAACCUCUGGCAAUUCUUUGGCAAAAAUGCGCCUCAGACUGCUAUCAGAGCAGCACGCGAAAGGAGAAGGAUCUUGAAAGAACACAAGGCCCAAGACUGGAAAACAUAUGCGCCUUUUCUCGGCUUUCCCAUAUGGCUGGUCAGUUCGGAAGCCAUCAGACGGCUGUGCGGUGUUCAAGGCGGUAUCUUAUCCGUGUUGACCGGCCGGUACAGGGACACUGCGAAAGCGACAUCUGAAGGAGCAACCUCAAUUUCGGAUCAGACUACAACAACUCUCGUGGCGGCAACCGAUGACGUCUCCAACGGAGCUCAAUCUCUGUCUACGGUUCUAGAUCUGGGUGUGUACACUGACACCGGCCGGCUCAUAUUCGACCUUGCAGCACCGGAUCCUUGGUUCAUCGGACCUGCAGCCCUCGGCAUCACCAUGAUCAUAACAUCUCUUCCAUCCACUGCCGGUAUGAAAAGAAUGGUUCUUGACAUCCCUGGCACGGAUAUGACCCAGCUACCUUCCCACACAAAGUGGAAGGUCCGUUUGUCAAGAGCUAUGCUCGCCGCCUCCGUUGUAUUACCAUUCGCCAUCUGCCAGCUGCCUUCGGGCUUAUUUCUCUACUGGGUUUCUUCUAUGUGGUGGACGAAACUUAUCAACCAGAUCAGGCGUUCCGCAGGAUAUGAUCCCGAUGAGUUGGUCAGGAAGUACACGUACAAACCCGGUCGACAUGAGGACUGGUUGCUGCGACGAACAAUGUGA